ACAAACGGCUAGUAAUCUCAUUUUUAAAAUCUCUCUCUCUCUCUCUCAAGAUUCAAAGAAGAAGAAGAAGAAGAAGAAGAAGAAGCAGCAGUCAUUAAGGGAGAAAAUGGAGAUGGAAAAGUUGGAUGCAGAGACGGAGUUUCUUGCGACAAAACAAGAGACGGGUAACGAGUGGGAACUGUUCAAAGAAAAUGUAAGACCCCUGAAAAGAGGCCGAAACGUUGGCCUCUUGAAUCAAGCCCUCAAAUCCCACACAGACUAUCAACUCAAGAAAUCUCUCCUUGACACCCGAAGGAAGUUGAUAGAAGCGAUUGAUGAGUAUAAAGGGGAUGAUCCUCUCUUUCCAUGGAUUCAGUGUAUAAAAUGGGUUCAAGAGGCAUUCCCACCAGGAGGAGACUGCUCAGGCCUCAUACUCAUAUACGAACAAUGCGUGCGUGCUUUUUGGCAUUCCGACCGGUACAAGGAUGAUCUCCGUUACCUCAAAGUUUGGUUAGAAUAUGCUGAAAAUUGUGCUGAUGCAGAAGUCAUUUACAAUUUUCUUGAAGCAAAUGAAAUUGGCAAGUCACAUUCUGCUUAUUACCUAGCAUAUGCUUUGCAUAUGGAAUCCAAGUCUAAGAUGAAAAUUGCAAACGACAUUUUCAAUCUUGGGAUAUCUAGGGAUGCUCAACCAGUAGAGAAAUUGAAGGACGCCUAUAGGAAGUUUCUUAUUAGGUCGAUGAGAAAACCAAAUGUUGUGGAGGACGACUCUGGAGAAAGUCACUUGCCAGUCCGAAGCUUUGGAACUGUCCUGUCCACUGCAGAUAAUCGGAGGCAAAAUAUGGAGAGAUCUGAACUUGCAAGGAAACAAAUGAAGCCAGACAGGACUCAAAAGAUUCCCCUUUCUAUUUUCAAAGACACAACAAGUAUUGACACCAUGCCAGGACAUCAAUCAGGCAAGUCCAAGACAGAUUUGAGUCCUUGGAGCACUCUUGGAGCUCGAGAAGAGAGAGACAAAGAAAAUAGUGCAUUGCCUACCAAAUGGACAACAUACAAGAUUCCUCGGAGACCUGGAGCUAGAACUGGAGGGGUAACUGCAAGCGCCUCCAUUGAAGUGUUUGUUGACGAGGAAUGUACAGAAAUGGAUAGAUCACAUGAUCAUGAUGGCAAGUCUUCGACGUUGAAGCUGAGGCAGGGAGAUGGCCUAGACAUUAAGAACAGGGAAACAGAUCUCUUAAGGGAGAAUCCACUAAGGAACUUUCCUUUGCGCAGCCUUCCUAGGUGAUUGGGCGCAGCACAAUCUAAUAACAGACUUAUUGUUUUACCUUUCUUUCAGUGUUGUAUGAUCUUAAGCGGAUUAGCUUCUAUCUCUGAAGCCCUGAUCCAUAUCUUCCAGUGCCAUAUGAUCUCAGGCAUGGAUGGAUAAUAUCUACAAAUUUGGUUCAAGUCAUUCUGAGAUUUUUAGAUUUUUCUUUGUAACGAAACGACUCUGAAAUUAGUGGUUUGGUGAGCUAGCACAAUUGUGCUAUUGCAUAUGAAA